CUUGAUAUUCCGACGGCGUACGCACAACUUGUUAGGGUAAUCAAAAUGAUGAUGACAGUAGUCCUGGUCUUCACAAUAUGCUGGUUACCUUUCAAUGUUCUUAUGUUAUUCAUGGACCCUAACUCUGAAUUCGUGGCCUGGAAAGGAUUACCAUACGCCUGGGCGACCCUUCACUGGCUAGCAAUGUCACAUUCUUGUUACAACCCUGUGAUAUAUUGUUGGAUGAAUGCCAGGUUUAGAUCAGGCUUCAUAACAGCACUUAGUAGAAUACCAGGAUUACGAAGGUAUUUUAAUGAUUCACGUAUUAAUACCCAUCAUCAUAGUGAUAUUCCUGGUAUGGCAAUGACAGGAGUCGACAGUGCAAAUAAUUCAGGAUUGAAGCGCAUAAAUACAUGCACGACUUACGUGAGUGUGCGAAGAAAAGGCGGAUCUACUUACGGAAUGCCUGCAAGAAGCGCGAGCUUCCGACACGGUGAUUUAAAGCCUACGAAUAAUCAAUCACAACGACAUUUUAUCAAGCUCGAGUGCCAGCAAGAAGAGUCAAUUUAA